AUGAUGAUGACGACGGCAAACGCCCAACAAAAAGGACUCCAUAACACCGGUGCAAAGUCAGAAAUAGAGGAGCGCGAUGGAUUCCGGACGUUGUACAAACCUUCAGAGUUCUAUGGACAACUAGCCAAAUUGUUUGGAAAACUGCGGCAAGGCCUUGGUUCUCAACUAGAUCGAUAUCUCUCCCUUCUGCGGCAGUUCUCGAAGCAUUCGCUGAGCACUUAUGAACUUUCAGUGGCUGUGGAAAAGCUCUUACCAAGAGACCUGCAAGUCAUCCAUGGUGAAUUUGUACAAAUUUUGUCGGAAUCAUGUCAGCUGAGUACAGUUUCGAGAUCGGUUGAGGACAUUCUUAUGGGAAAGAAAAGUCGAGAGUUAAAGAGAGGUCAUAUUCCGCAUAUCUCAUCGAUCAACGCACUGCUUAUACUGCGCAGCCUCGAGAACGGAUGGGCAGCUCCCGACUCAACAGCUGGUCAAAUUAUUGGCGAAGCUGUGAAAACAAUGUUAGCUGAUCGAAUCGAUGCUGCAGUACAUAACUCCAACCACUUUCUUGGUGCAGAGACACCAAAUUUAGCUUCGGAUGAAGUGCCAACUCUGAUUCCUAACGAAGAAAGCUGA